CGCCUGCGAGUCGCGGCGCCCGGGUGGAGCGGAGGCGGUGGCUGACAGGCGCUCCACCCCCCACGGAGGCGGCUGGUGCCCGGGCUGGACCGGCGGCUGCCAGCUCGUGACCCCACGAGGUGCAAGGGCCGCACCGGGGGAUGGACGAGGCGAAGAUGGACGAGAAUGAAUGGAGGUACCACGGCGAAGGCAACAAGAGCCUGGUGGUGGCCCACGCACAGCGUUGUGUGGUGCUGCGUUUUCUGAAGUUUCCUCCAAACAGGAAAAAGCAGACUUCAGAAGAAAUAUUCCGGCACCUGCAGGACAUCGUGGACUUCGGCAAAAAUGUCAUGAAAGAGUUUUUGGGGGAGAACUCUGUCCAUUGCGGGGAAGUGGUACAGCUGCCUUUAGAUUUCGUGAAACAGCUUUGUUUCAAGGUCCAGUCGGAACGGCCAGAAUCGCGCUGUGAUAAGGACCUGGACACCCUCAGUGGCUAUGCCCUGUGCCUGCCCAACCUAACCCGACUCCAGACCUACCACUUCGCAGAGCACCGGCCGAUCCUGUGUGUGGAAAUCAAGCCCAAAUGUGGGUUCAUUCCUUUCUCCAGCGAUGUCACGCACGAGCUGAAGCACAGGGUGUGCCGGUACUGCAUGCACCAGCACCUCAAGGUGGCAAACGGGAAGUGGAAACAGGUCAGCAAGUACUGCCCCCUCGACCUCUACUCAGGAAACAAACAGAGAAUGCACUUUGCCUUGAAGAGCCUGUUACAGGAGGCGCAGAACAACUUAAAGAUAUUUAAGAAUGGCGAGCUGAUUUACGGCUGCCGAGACUCGCGCAGCCCCGUGGCCGACUGGAGCGAGCUGGCCCACCACCUGAAGCCCUUCUUCUUCCCGUCCAACGGGCUGGCGGGCGGGCCGCACUGCACGCGGGCCGUGAUCCGGGAGCUGGUGCGCGUCAUCACGCGGGUGCUGCUCAGCGGCUCCGACAAGGGCCGGCGCGGCCCGCUCUGGCCGGGUCCCGGGCCGCGGGGCCCGAGCGUGUGUGAAGCCAGCCCGUUCGGCAGGGGCCUGCGCCGCCAAGGAAAACACUCCCCCGAGCACUCGGGGUUACCGAAGGGCUGUCUUCUGUACAAAACUCUCCAGGUGCAGAUGUUGGACCUGCUGGACAUCGAAGGCCUCUACCCUCUGUACAGGCGGGUGGAGCGGUACCUGGAGGAGUUUCCCGAGGAGAGAGAAGCGUUGCAGAUAGACGGGCCUUAUAAUGAAGCGUUUUACCAGAAGCUGCUUGAUCUCUCCACUGAGGAUGAUGGGACCGUGGCCUUCGCUCUGACAAAGGUCCAGCAGUACCGGGUCGCCAUGACUGCGAAGGAUUGCUCCAUCAUGAUCGUGCUCUCGCCCUGCCUGCAGGAUGCCAGCCCCGAGCAGAGGCCCAUUGUCCCUUCGUCGAGAUCCCGGUUUGCCUUCUCCGUGUCCGUCUUGGACCUUGACCUCAAGCCCUACGAGAGCAUCCCUCACCAGUACCUGCUGGACGGCAAGAUCGUCAGCUACUACUCAAAGACUGUACACGCCAAAGACGGGCCCGUGCGGGCGGCGAGGUUCAAGGACAGUGAAGACUGCACGCUGGUCCUCCACAAGGUCUAACUCUCCCUGUCGUGUCUCAGAAACUUGAAUCUAGAAUGUGAAAGUGGAGUGCUAGAGCGAGUUGCUGUGGUCUCGGGUGACUUUGGCCUCUGGAUGUGCUCUAACCCCGGGCACACGGGUUGGAAGCGCCCUCGUGACGCCAUCCAGAACCGGGGCCGUGGCUCGUGAGCCGUGGGCCUCGGCUGCCUCUCUUCCUUCAAUCGGGUUUCCGUCACCCCUGGGAAACACUCUGGGCAGUUCUUCCUUCCCAGCCAGGGCUCAUAUCUAAUUCUCUAAUGCAAAAAAAAAAAAGGAAAAAGAAAAGCCUUACAAUAAGACUCAAGGUUGCACCCCCGCCCCCGCUCCUCACCCGAACACUUGAAUCUUCACACACACCUUAAAGCGGGCGCGUGUGAGCAAACAUGGCGACUACUGGAAUGUUCCCAGGGGCUCGAGUGACCCGCCCCUCUCGGAGCUCGGGCACGGGCCUUUCUGCGCUGUGGUGUGCAGGCUGGGUGGCUGAUCGACACUUGGAUCUGGGUAGCGUGGACGGGCUUCCUCGGGGAGGUCUCUGCCCGAUGCUGGGCUGGGCACGAAGCUGGGGGUCAGGUCGGGACUUGGGGUAGGACGAUGCCACUCAUGGGGGCCGCGACUUUUUUCCCCUCUGAAUGAUUUUCUUCUUUAACUUGCUGGGGACGCGGGGUCUUUCCCACCCGGACUGGCUGCUGUGGAUCUGGAAGCAGAGCUGCGGCCAUGCCCAGGGUGGGCAUCACAGGGCGGCCAUUCUGGCAGCGCUGCGUUUCCUGGCUGUGUGUGUGUGUGCACGUGCGCGUGUGUUGUGUGUUGUGUGUGCUUGGUGGCCAGGGAACCCAUCUGAGCUGGCAUCUCUCUUCCUCCUCCCUGGCCCUGUUCCUCCCUUUGCCCCGCAGACACGCUUGGUGUGUGCGGCCUCGUGUGCUGCUGGGCCGUGUCGCCUGCAGGGCCGCCAAGACCCUGCUUCCACAGAGGAGCGUCUCCCGGCUGGCACCAAGAGGGUCUUGUUGGGGUCACCGCGGGUGCCCAGCUGCUAUGAAAACUGUUGGGAAUCUUGGCUUUAGUUUUUUUUUAUUCUAGGGUAGGUUGUACAGACUGAUUAUUUAUAUCAUCGUUUCGAGGGGCUAAUGAAGGCUUACUGUAAUGUAAUAUUAUGUAAGUGAAACCAUGGAAUUGUAUGAAAAAUGCCACAUGAAAAAGAAGACUAUUUUGCUGAUUGUAAAUUUUUGUGGGAAAAUUUUUGUGAUAACUUGAAUUACACUCAUUUGAAUCAAA